AACCGAGUACUAUAGUAUUAACUUUAUCACCUAUGAUACUUAAAACAGAUAUUAUAUACCUAGAAAUAAUAAUAUAGCGUAUCACAGUGAUCUGACUAUUCAUUGAGUCAGACAGUAGUCGGAUUGUAGUUUGUCCUGACACGAUCUUUCAUCUUUAACAAUUUAUAUUAUCAAUAAUGCGGGAAUGCAUAUCUAUUCAUAUUGGACAGGCUGGUGUCCAAAUGGGUAAUGCAUGCUGGGAAUUAUAUUGCUUGGAACAUGGAAUUCACCCUAAUGGGCAAAUGCCCAGUGACACCACUGUUGGUUAUGGGGAUGAUUCUUUCAAUACAUUUUUUUCUGAAACAGAUUCAGGAAAACAUGUUCCAAGAGCUGUUUUUGUCGAUCUUGAACCAACAGUAGUAGAUGAAGUUCGUACCGGUACAUAUAGACAACUAUUUCAUCCGGAACAAUUAAUCACAGGAAAAGAAGAUGCCGCAAAUAAUUAUGCUCGUGGUCAUUAUACAAUAGGAAAAGAAAUUAUAGAUCUCACUUUAGAUCGAAUUCGUAGACUUACUGAACGAUGCAGAGGUUUGCAAGGUUUCUUAAUUUUUCACUCGUUCGGUGGAGGCACAGGUUCAGGUUUUUCGAGUUUACUUAUGGAAAGAUUAUCCGUCGAUUAUCCUAAAAAAAGUAAAUUGACUUUUAGCAUUUAUCCUGCACCUCAGGUAUCAACUGCUGUUGUGGAACCAUAUAACGCGAUUCUUUAUACACAUCCAACAUUAGAACAUUGCGAAGUGGCCUUCAUAGUUGACAAUCAAGCUAUUUAUGAAUUAUGUAGAAGAAACUUAAGCAUUGAUAGACCAACAUACACUAAUUUGAAUCGUUUAAUUGGACAAAUUGUCUCAUCCAUAACGGCAAGUUUACGAUUUGAUGGAGCUCUUAACGUUGAUCUUACCGAAUUUCAAACAAAUUUAGUACCAUAUCCACGUAUACAUUUUCCUCUUGCAACUUAUGCUCCUGUUAUAUCAGCUGAAAAAGCUGGUCAUGAAAGAAUUACAGUAGCAGAAAUAACGAAUUCCUGUUUUGAACCAAAUCAUCAAAUGGUGAAUUGUGAUCCGCGUAGAGGUAAAUAUAUGGCUGUAUGCAUGCUUUAUAGAGGAGAUGUUGUUCCUAAAGAUGUAAAUGCAGCAAUUGCAACAAUUAAAAGGCAAAAACAUGUUCAAUUUGUUGAAUGGUGUCCGACUGGUUUUAAGGUAGGAAUAAAUUAUCAACCACCUACUGUGGUACCAGGAGGUGAUCUUGCAAAAGUAGAAAGAGCUGUGUGUUGCCUUUGUAAUACUACUGCAAUAAUUGAAGCAUGGGCUAGAAUCGAUAAUAAAUUUGAUUUGAUGUAUGCUAAACGAGCAUUUGUUCAUUGGUUUGUUGGUGAAGGCAUGGAGGAAGGUGAAUUUGCAGAAGCACGAGAAGAUUUAGCUGCUUUGGAAUUAGAUUAUCGUGAAGUUCAAGAAGAUGCAACUAAUACGGACGAUGAGGAAGAAUAUUAAUUU